AUGGCCGCUGUUUCGGGCAUCGUGGCCGUUGUAGCCCGUGGCAAGUCGUCCGCUUGUUCAAAGCACCCUCAGGAAGAGGACAUUAAUGACAAGGUUCUUUGCAGACGCCUGCAGUACAAGCUCCAUCAACGGCGCCACCGAGCCAAGCAGAAAGAGAAAAUGAUUACGCUUGGACACGACGUGCAGACUCUGCUUACAGAGAUUGAGCAACUCAACUCGAAACGUCAACGACUUUUCGUCGACCGAAACUUCUUCAGCUCAAGAGGCACUGACGCUGGGGUGCCAGCUCGUCUAGCCGUGGACGAGCUGGCACCCCAGCGUCAGUGUAUUUUCGGCUCUUUAACGCAGACCGUAGGCCCAGACUACGCCGGAGUCGAGACGAUCAUCUUGCUAUGGAAACGCUUUAGCGACUUUUAUGUAUACAGUCGAUACGAGAUCCUUUCAAUGAAUGUAUCGGUUUUGGCCGAUUCCACUGUCGUCGUCAUAGACACCAACUUUCAUAUCAAUUGUCGUCGGGACGGCGUGUUAACGCUGUAUCCGUCUCUCGUUCACCACAUGGACCUGUUGCAGAAGUUUAUUAGCUCCAUGCUCGUCGUUCCAGUCCGUUACCGCUUUGAAUUUGACGCUGACGGCAUUGUGACGUGGUUCAGCGCAGACUGGGACCUCGUUAGUGCUUUGAGCGCCCAUGUUUCACUUGUGGAUGCCGCGUCCAUUCUUGCUGCAGCUAAUAUCUCCAAGACCGGACAGAUCCGCAGCACCGUGGAAGAAAUACAAGAGCCUUUCAACGCCGAGCACGAUGAUGCCAUUUCUUUCUUGAAGCAAGAUGUUGUAGACCCUCGCCAUAGCGUCGACUUUCUACUCUCGUAA